AUGAUUGACAAUCACUCAGGUUGCUAUCUUAGUGCAAAUCAAAGCAAAACAGUUUCACUUGUUGACAGUUGUGCAAAUAAGUAUUUGUCUAGCCAUCGUUCCGAUUUCAAGAAAAUUAGCCACCGGCUUUGUCAUAUUAGUGGCACUGCUGGAAAGCGAAGUGGGAACCUAGGUAGACUAAAAGAAAACAAACUAGGAUUAAAAUAUGGCGUACACUUUGAACACUUACCAAAAGCCAUAGAUCGCAUUAUACCGUGGUUAGGUGAAGGAAACUGUCAUGAAAAGGGUUGGCAAAUGAAUUUCACAGAAAGUGGCGGAACGUUGUACAAUACUCGCUCCGGCCGCUCUCUACCCAUAACAAAUUGCCCCCAGAUGCAGUUACCUAUUCUAGGCUGUGACAUGUUUAGCAAAGAAGAAAAUGAAACUGAGGAGGAUAUAGUAUGCACUAGUAUAGAAGAAGCUAGACUUCAUUCACAAGCUUCAAGAUUAGACAUACAUCGUAGACUUGGUCACUUUCACGUUGAUGGCCUUAGUGUAUCUUGUCCAGAAUGUGAUCGAACCAAAGGUCAAAGACGCUCUCAUGCAAAAGUGAGACCCCCUGGACAUAUACCUUCUCCAUUGAAAACACUUGCAAUUGAUUUCGCAGUUGGUAUUAGACCAGUAUCUAUAAGAAGCAAAAGAUGUGCUUUAGUCAUUAUUUGUGAUUCGAUUAAAAUGUGUUUCGUUCGUCCUCUUUGCCUCAAGUCGGACUGCGUAGAGGUGAUUGAAGAAGUAAUAAAAGGCAUUCGCCAGGACUACUCAUUGUCACUCGACGACAAGGUGGUGUGGUUCAUCCGUAGAGAUAACGAACCCGUCCUAAGUAGUGACCAUAUGACCAAAGUCAUGCAAUCGCUACUGGUUUCGGAAAUUCCUGGAGUUCCUUACAACCCAGAAAUGAACGGAACUUGCGAACGUUUCAUGCGGACCAUUUUCGGUGCUGUACGUACCAUGUUGGUCAAAGUCGACCGACGUCUUUGGUGUUACUGCUUACAGUAUGCCGGAGAUUGUUGGAAUCGCUUACCGCAUCGUUAUGCAAAAAUGCCAGAACGUGAUGGAAUGAGUCCUGUCGAGAUACUAGAAAAGAGGAUAGGAAAGAAGUCCUCGAAAAGUGGUCUAGGUAUGUUAAGAAGAUUUGGUUGCUUGGUGUACUUUCGUGAACAGGUCGUAGACACCACCAACAAGAAAGAAGCAAAGCUUGCGUCACCUUAUCGGCGUGGUGUGUUUCUCGGUCUGUGUCCAGUUUCGUCUGGUUGGCUAGUAGGUACAUAUCACAACGAUGGGAGAACGAAAGCUGGCUUCAAGUGGAGUGAGUAUUCCACACUAGACGUAAAAUUUCGAGAGUCGAUAUUAGUCAAGAACAUUGAUUGGCUAUUGCCUACGUCGAAGGGCAUUUAUGUUGAUUAUGACCCGCUGGAAAACCUGCAGUCUGGCACGCCGUCGCUGGGUCCCGUCCUGCACAGACAUGCGCUGCAACGUAUGGCCUGUCAGCCGCGCUUCUCUGGCACGGAGUACAGCUCAGGCGAUCCAACCGGCAUGGAAAUGAUACUAGAUAACAAUGACAUUGGUGAGUUUUUCUGUGAAUCUUUGGACAAAGAGGAAGAUCCAAAGACCGGUGAUGAUUCCAACUCUGACGCGCAACGCGUUGAGGAGGGGAAUAUCUCAUCGGAGCGUGUGUCGCCUGACUCUAAUCCUGAAGCAAGGGAUCCGAGGACCUUACCCAUUCCACCAUCUCAACCAGGCAAAGUUGAGGAGGGGAAGAAAGGCCGAGGAAGACCUAAAGGGAGCAAGGAUAAGAAUCCAGGACAACGCAAAAGAAGAACAAAAGCCGAGCUAGAAGCAUUAAGAAAAGACAUGCAUAAAUUUGCCAUGCUAGCAGGCGGGCAUGAGCUGGAAGAAGGGGAGACCUUUCUCGAAGCACAUGUCAUGCUGUCAGUUUCCCAAGCCUUGAAAAGCCCUGACGCCGAGAAAUGGCGUGCAGCUAUCACCAAGGAGGAAGCUAGACUACUUGCCUUUGAGACUUGGGCGCCAGCUACUGACGAGGAGCUGCGAACCUCUUCUCAGGUAAUGCCUAUAGCAAUCGUUCUCACGGUAAAACGUGAUGGAACUUUCAAAGCUCGUGCUUGUGUGCUCGGGAAUCUUGAUCGUUCGGGGAAUAUCGACACCUACGCCCCUGUAGUGUCACAUGCUGCGAAUAGACUUUUACUCGUUUCAGCAGCGACGGACUCUGACUUCGUCAUCCCAUUCGACCUUGAUUCUGCGUUCCUUAAUGCUGAACUCGAUCGUGACGUCUUCUGCCGUCUUCCACCAGUGUGGGCGGAGAAGCAUGGAGCGGAUAUCGUCAAGCUUAAGAAAGCUCUCUAUGGGCUCAAGGACGCUCCACGAGCCUGGUUCAAGAAGUAUUGCGUGCUAUUGUCCGAACUCGGAUGGGAGCCGUGUCCUUCUGCUCCAGGAUUGUGGCGGAAAAAGAGCAAAACGCACCCAGGAAAGUAUAUGAAGAUGUCAGUCUAUGUUGAUGAUAACUUAGCUACUGGACCUGACUAUCACGAGUUACGGUCUGAGCUCGACCGGAUCUUUAGUCGCGCCCCUGGCCGACCUAUUGAGAUGGCAAAGCGAGUCGAUUCUCUUACGGGUUUCGAAUGGCUAGAGUUCGACUUUCUUGGUGCGAUUGUGCACUAUUGUCGGGAAGCACGUUCAGUGAAAAUCCUGAUGAAUGUGUACAUAGAGAAGACUAUACAGAAGUAUAAAAUAACAUUAGGUAAGCCGGUGUGGUCUCCAAAUUUCGACGAGUCUGCUUUGCUUGAGGAGGGGCUUAAGCUAGCAGCCGGGUUUCCAUUGCGUGAGAUUGUUGGCGCACUGCUUUGGAUAUCGACAACCGCAAGGCCAGAUAUUUGCGUCCCUGUGGCGACAUUGGCUCGGUAUGUCAGUAAGCCCGUUACAGAAAGAAUUGCAAAAGCCUGUAGAAAAGUAUUAAAGUAUCUAGCUACGACAAAAGACCAAGGACUCUAUUAUUCUCCAGAAAGUGAGGAAGAAUUCAACGGAAUUUACAAGAAGCUCCUACCAGAAGGAAGAGAGCUACCGUAUACUAACUGGUUCUCAGAUGCAGGAUUCGCAAACUGCAUAAAGAGCAUGCGCUCGACCAGUGGUUCGAUUAUGUACUAUCGGGGCUUUCCAAUCUGUUGGAAACGCAAUACACAAACCGUGCGUGCAUAUUCAACUGCAGAGUCAGAGUAUAUAGCCGCGUCGGACACUAUUGUCAUGAGCGAGCUGCAUGAUUUUACAGAUUUCUUCAAUCCCUUACCCACUCAAUUAGUGGAAACGCGGUUUGGUAUAUCGCCAUCCCUCGAUGAUGCCAUAUUGUGGAUAGACAACCAGUCUGCAAUCUCGACAGCAAAGAGUGAAGACACGAAGCCUAAGAGUAGACACUAUGCGUUACGUUAUUUACGAGUUAGAGACGCAGCUGAGAAAGUAGUUUUCUGUCCUACUCACCUCAUGAAAGCUGAUGGACUAACGAAACUUUCAUGCUCAUCUACUCAACGCAGAUUAUUAUUACAUCACAUAGAGAAUCCAGUCAUUAGCCGUAACCAUGAUGAAGAUGAUAGUGACUCGGAAACGGAAGAUGAUGAGUCUGGUUCAAGUUCUGCUUCCGUGGCGGUGCUUACCUAUUCUAUCUUCUUAGGGUGUUAGGUCGUUGGUCAAGUGGUGACGUCAGUGGAUAUAGAGAAUCGUGAUGGUUCUGGGUCAGAGCAGGUAACACCAGACCGUUUGUGACUUUCGUCAUUUCCUCACCUAGCGAUUGAGGAGGGGUGUUGGUCAAUGGUCAUUACUGGCUCAAGAUCCAAUGAAUGAACCUGAUUUCAAU